AUGUUUACCUCACAAGAUGAGGACGUUCUUGGUAGAACUCUUCAAAGUCAGCAGCAUGUUGGUCUUCAACCGGUUCUUUCUGCAGAGAGAUCACCUGCUCAGGAUGUCAGUUUGGACUCUUCUGAAACAUGUUUGGGCUAUGCUCCGAUGAUGACUUUCCCUUAUAAUCCAGAUGCCCAGUCAGGCAACGGGCCUGCCAAGAAAAGGCUGGUCCUCAAUUUGAACUCCGAUAUGAGGCUAGUACAUUCACCAAUGUGGUCAGAUUUUCAGAUAGCAGGAAUGAGGUUUUACCUUUGUACCAUCCAAAUGCCCUUUGGACAUGCUGGAAAGGCCUCUACGAGGAGCAAGAGACAGGCUCCAAUUUCUACUGAAACCAUCUUGAUCUCCGAUUCUGAGAAGAAACCUACCCCACCUCCCAAGUCAGCAUCAUAUAUUUUCCACAUACUAACUGCAAGCAUUUUGCAUUCCGAUGUCCCUACGCAGAUCGACGCCCAUGACACAAAAGCCAUAUAUCGCUAUGUCAACGGGUGGCCAUACCUCGAGGAGUGUGAGGUUCAAACAAAACAAGCAACAAUGGCAACCAUGAGGCGGUUCAAUCGAUCAGAUGGUCAUGAACUGGAUGGGGUGGUGUCAGAAAAGGGAAAGCAAGUGCUUAGAGCGACACCUUUGACACCGAAGAAAAACCAGUCCUGCUCUGAGGACGAGUCAGACAAUCCAUCAUUCAAGAAAUGGUUGAAGGUGAUGAUUGUCUCCUCUGAUGAGGAGAACGAGGACUCUGAGUCUGAGGUCUGCAGAGAGGAUGAGCCAGCCAUUGACUUUACACGAAGGCAGAGAGAUAAGAAUCCAAUGUUUGCCCUCAUGGCUAAUCUGACUGACCAGAGAGAUGAGCUGGAUCAUGAGAUGGAGAGGAUUACCAUGUGCUCUUCAAAGAAGAAACGACUCAUCAAGGACUUCAUCGAUAAUGAAGCGAAAGAAGUUGAUGAAGAAGUUGAUGAUGGACGGUUGAAUGUCGAUGAAACCUUGAGUGAAAAUGACUCCCUGAAUGGAUUCAUUGUCAAUGACAACAAUGACAGCGUCAUUGAUGCAGAAAUCACACCACAACAUAACACUGAUGUGGUUUCGAAGACUCCCAAGGCUAUGAUCGUAAACAACGAUGAACAUGAGAACAAAGAUAUCAUCAAGCCUGGCAAGAAGAUCAUCAAGCCACAAUCAGUCUGCAAGGAGGUGAAGAUCGAGGUUCAAUGCAAUGAAACUCCUCCUGCAUUGCUCAAUCCAUCCUUGUGUGAUGAUCUGCUCAAGGACACUUAUGCCAACAUUCCUUACACUCUAAAGGUUCUCAUAGACGGUGUUACAUUAAUGCCGAUUUCAAUGAUGGACACAUUAAGAAUCACCAAAAAUCUGGUCUACAUUCGAGGUAUCAUUGAGCUAAUGACGAUGACCGAACCAUGGCCUGAGCAAGUCAUCAUUCCUGGUCGCAUUCACCCAGACAAGGUCCAAAACCUUGGCAGCUCACUCUGUUUCCCCCAUAUGGUUCAAAAGGCUGUCUGCUUGACGUUCAGUAUAGUGCAGAAAAGCCAUCUCACUAAGCCAUGUAGUUUUACCUCUCUGAUCAAGGAAGAGAUGCAGAUCAAAGAGCUUGACAUUAUUCCUAUCCAGCAAGAAUGGGAGCUCACGCAGGGAUUCUAUGGUGCUCUGUUCGGACAAGACAUUGAGGAUGGAGAUGAAAUGAUGGUCAAAAAUAUUCGAUUCAAUGCAUACGAGAAUGUUGCAUUCAGCACACGCAUCUCUCGUGUGGACUCCAAUGACACACCAUCUGGCUAUAGUGCCAGGCUGAAGGAACUGCUCAGUGAAUCUGCUGCAUCUCCCAGAAAAGGUGGUCUGUUUACGCAGUCUUCAUCGUCAGAGGUGUUACCUCUUUUUUCAAAGCCCAUGCCUGUGAAUCUCAUGAUCGGUGACUGGGAUACCAUAAAUGUGAAGGAAAACUUUCUUUCAAACUCCAAGAUGUGCCUACUACAUGUCCCUUGGUGA